AUGAAGCCGAAGCAGGACCGGUACGCGCUCCGCACGUCGCCGCAGUGGCUUGGCCCCCAGAUUGAGGUUAUCCGUGCCGCCACCAAGUCCAUUGAGCGCGAGAUCAACUCCGUCAACGACAACCCGCUCAUCGAUGUCGCCCGCAGCAAGGCUCUUCACGGUGGCAACUUCCAGGGCACGCCCAUCAGGGGUGUCCAUGGACAACACCCGUCUCGCCAUCGCAGCCAUCGGCAAGCUCAUGUUUGCGCAGUUCUCUGA